AUGGGCUCGUCGAGCUCGCAGAAAUCUUUCUUUAGCAGAUUUAUCUCCCCUAAUCGUCUCGGCAGGCAGCCGUCGCAUGCGCAGAUCCCCUCAUCGCCGUCAUCCCACUCGCCGCCAAUCAACAUGAGCGAGGCGAUCGAUCUAUUUGUUCAAGAGCCUUCAUCGAGUCUGCUGUGGUCGCUGGUCAGUGCUUUAGAUCCACAGGGCAUGGAUUACGCUCUCAGCAAAUCAAAUUUCAACUCAAUCAUCUCAAUUAAGCAGUUGCUAAUCAGCGAUACAACUCCAACGAAUAUCAGAAUUCCUGGUUUUCAUCUCCUAGCCACUGCUCUACUUAAACACGACCCAGAGCCUAAUAUUCGUGUCAGCCUCUUUGUCGACAUCGUCAGCUUCCCCUUACCUAACAUGGACAUUCCAGAGCUCGCUGCGAGACUUAAUGCCCUCUACAACCUCACUAAAUUUGGUAAAGAAGGCGGCCUGUACCCUUCCUUCUCCCAUAUUCUCCGCAGGUGGCUUCGCAAAUCAUGCCAAGCUUUAUCACUCGACAGAGCCCAGUACCAGUCAAUUCACACCAAAUUCAACUCCAUCGACAACGCAACCCUCAUCCAGCGCGUUCAUAUACGCUUAAUCACUCUCAUUGAGGGCUACAUCAAGUCAAAUAUCUCCCAAAUCCGCUCGUCGAACCUCACCAAACUCGUUCUUGGCUCGCUCAACACUAUCAACCCAAUGAACCCAAACCCCGUUGAGACUCCCUGCGUUUUGCGCCUCCUCCAGUCUGUCCUUUCGUAUGCCUAUGUACCCAACAGUACCGUCGAGAGGGUCGUUUUCGCCCUAUGCGCUGUUAUCGGCUCACAGGCUCAGUCGCUACCAUACCACAACAGCGAAGAAACGUGGGAUGAGGCUGGUUGGUCUGUUUUGAGGAAUUUGCUGCGUAGUCAGUGUGCCAAUAUUGCUGCCAAGGCUGUUCGCGAUAUUCCAAGAUCCCAACCCUAUCCUCCAAUACAGGCUCAUUUAGGCGCCCUCAAAGCUAUCAGAUUCUGCCUCCAGAAGGCUAAAGAGAAGGCUCACGAUAAACAAGUCCGCACUGAAUCUGGCGCUCCCAAAUCUGCUCCUUCUUUUACAGGCGAAGAAGACUCUGUUAAUGUCUUCACCCCUGUAUUCGUUUAUCCUGUUUAUCAAGCUGCCCUUAAACGCAACUCGCCGCUUAUCGAUCAGGAGAUCUGGAAGUUCGCAAAAGAUUGGCUCGACCAUCUCGACCAGUUUGAGAUUGAUGAGACAGUUGAGAAUAUGGAGAAUAGUACAGGCUCGUUGCAGAAAUUGUCUCAGGAUUCGUCUGAAGAGGAGAUUGCAAUGGGAAGACAACUACUAGUGUCUUUAUUGGAGGCUGGUGGAGAUCGUGUGCAUAAGUUUAGAUACCCAGAUCAAAGUAUAUUCAAGCUCUAUCCGCCCCAUCCCUCACCGCAAUCGCUCAAUGCACACGACUUUUCUGUCCCCCCACAACUCACACUCUACGCUACAAUACUAUCAAGGAUUCAAUACAUUGCAUUCAAAAAACGUCAAAUGCCUCACGGUUUAGCAUCGUUAUUACUUGAUCUAUCAUCACAUCUCGAUCCAUCAUCUGCACUAUCGUUGAUCGAUUAUCAGAAGGCGGCAGGUCGUUGCGAUCCAUCAGACGAGAGAUGGCUGCACCAUCUGUUCGAUCUCGUACAGAGAUUCUACCUACCCAUCCCAUCAUCUACAAGCUCGAUCGUAUCUCCUCAUCAACCUUUACCUGCAAGUGCCACUGUCCGUCAAGCUGUCGCGCAUCUUCUGUUUGGAGUCACGUUCGAGUUGCUCAGAGAUGUUGAGCGUUUCAGAGGACCUUUUUUGGAAAGAUUGGCUGUGCCUCUUUUGGAGCAGACUAUGGCAUUCGAAACGGACACUGAAGUUGAGAGCAUGGCUUGGGACUUUUUGUGUACGGUCGCUGUCAUCGAGGCUGUCGAAGAGGAUGAAGAGGAGAAGGAAAAGCGCGAUGGCGAGGAGGAUGGCAGGAGUGAGAGGAGCGAGAGGAGUGAGAGGGGUGAGGCUGACAGUGGUAAUGAAACAGAAAAAAAUGCCGAGAGCCAGAGCAGUGAAAGCAGUGAUAUAUAUCCACCUGUAAUUGGUCAUGUGGCACUCCUACCUGUCGAUUUCUCCAGAAUCAGCACACUACUCCGCUCGCUCGCGACUCUACCAGAGAGUGAGCCAGUAGGGGGUAUUCGCAACUUACCUCAAAGCAAAUCGCAUCGCAGUUCAAUCUCAUCGCAAUCAACCGUGCUGACAAUCUCACCAGGCGAGAUUCGGCUACCGACGGAUGCGCCACGUACUAUGAUGAGCUUGGUGAGUGCACCAGCAGUACCGUCCUCCAACACGACAUCACCGCAUCGUCGCGCAUCCGUCAUGCACUCCACUUCGAGAGAAAGGAGCACGGUGAGGGAGCGCAAUUCGAUAUCCUCCUCAGCAAGAGACAUGUCAACUGGUCGACAAACGCAACCAACUAGCGCAUCUGCAUCUACAUCAUCAUCACCUAAAUCUGGACAUGCUCAACUAUCUGCAACAUCUCCAAUACGUGGUGUCGGAGCUGGAGGCGAGGAGCACCACUUUAUCUUUCCUCCAACUCAAUACCUCUCAACCAAUCAAAUUCGUUCUAAGGCUGUUGGUGCGGUUAUCACCCUCAUUCACAUAUUCGACAAACUCGCCUUUUCGCCACCACACUCACUCACUACUAAUAAACUAGCGCGAGCACCCGCAUCGAGACGGUGCAUAUUGAUAAUUAGGGAGCUGCUCAACUUACUCACACCACCAACCGAGGAGAGUUUAGAUGGUGUUACGAAAGUCGUACCUAAGCUGAACGAGAAGAGGAUUUCCCCAACGGCCAGAAUACACGCCUUACAAUUUUUCUUCCAUUUGAGGGCUGAUAGAGAUUACAGAAUAUUCGCAGACUUCGAUUUGGACGAUGCACUCAAACCGUCGGCGGCUAUACUCAAGCGCGUCCGACAGGAUAUUGGAAUGAAUGACGAGGAGAGAGGUAGAGGGAGGACGUCUAGAAGGGUAGAGAUACGCGGCAGAUCUCGUGAUCAACUUGACAAAGAUUUAGAGAAACGUUUACAUGACCGAAACAGAUCAACAUCUCGUCCACCAACCACAGGGAUGGCAUCUACUGGUGCUUCGCAAUUGCAAUCUCCUCGUGAUAUGCUCUGGAUGAUUCCUGAACAGCUGCCGUUUGAGCUGACGAGGUCAUCUAGACCUGCUGAAGGUAUGGUAACUCAUGAUCCUGAUACAGCCACCGACAAGCAGGUGCCACUACCCGUUAGUGAAUAUAUCAGUACACUAGUGAAAAUAUUGGAAUAUGAGACUGACUGGGAAAUUGUCAGUUACUUACUAUGUCAAUUACCUCUGCAAUUAGCCAACAAGAAUUUCUUUUCUGGUCCACGAGCAGCAGACUCAUUAAGAGAUUUACGUGGAGUAUUGUGCAACGGUUUGCUCAAAGAUCGUUUUAGCGAAUACGUUCAAUUGCCUCAGGGUAUUAAACGCACUGAAGUCUAUGCAGUCGCAUAUCAAUCGCUCACAGUUUUGGUGGCAUAUCGCAGACUGUUCGACAAAAGCGCGCAUGACGAAAUGAUCGAAGCGUUUCUUCAGGGUCUGUCGCGAUAUCAUUCAACAGCUAGACCGUGUGUUCAUGCUCUUGUGCUGUGUUGCUACGAGCUACAAAACUCCAUGGUCAGGUAUAUGGGCAGUGCGAUACAGAAGCUCUCUCAAAUCAUGUCGGCUGCUAGUAUGGGUAGUCAUAUUCUCGAACUACUCGUCUCUGUUGGACACAUGCCUACACUGUUCAGUAACUUUACAGAAGCUGAUUACAGACGUGUGUUUGGUAUGACUUUACAGUAUAUUCAAUAUCAUAACGCCAUCAAUGCCGAUCCUGGUUCACGUCCUGGUGGAAUUGCUGAGCGCACGCUGUCUGAGCAUGUGUUAUCAAUUGCUUACUAUAAUAUAUACAUAUGGUUCCUCUCUAUCAAGCUCAAAGACAGAUCACACUACGUUCCAAUCAUUAUACGUGGUUUACUCGUAGCCAAUGAACAUUCUGGCAAGAUAGACGAACAGUCGGAAGUCUGCUUUGAUAUGAUAAUGCGCUAUGCAUACUCCAAUGUUAAUCCGCGCACUAUUAGAUCACCCCUUUCGGAGCUACUCCUUUCGCCGACACCCAAUAGUUACACCAAGAAAGCACCAGGGACAUUUAAGCAAUGGAUAGUGGGCAAUGCUGUCAUUUCAGUAGAAGCUCUCGAUCGAGCGGGAUGGAUGCAGAUUAUUAUAAGAAGACCAUCCGGCUCGACGACGUUGCUGUCUAAGUUGGAGAACUUCUCUCUCGUCGGCUCGGAGACUGAUCUGAUUGAUAUAACGACAGUGAGGACUGCUCUUAUGACGGGAUCACUGCCUACGUCUGUGAUGAAGACCAACAAUGAUCCAACCGUUUUGCGAGCACCUAAUCUUAGUUUAGAUAGUGAUGACUACAAUCUAGAGACUACGCUUGGAGAAGGUGUUGAGGAGAAUAAGGAGGAGGGGUCGAAAGGGGGUGACAAUGAGCCGCUUGGUACGCCUACAGCUCAAUCGAUGCCUGGUAUAGAAUACACCACGCCACUUCAAGAUUUAGUCUUGCCUGAGCACAUAAUGCUCCAGCUUUCCACAUACCCAAACAACAAUCCGACAGCAAGACCGAUGCCGAAUAACUCGACAACAGAGCGUUUCAUUAGAUCAUUGGAGAGUCACCAAGUAGUGGAUUCGCAUAAGAUAGGGGUCAUUUUCGUUGGUAGAGAACAGUCAAACGAAGCCGACAUACUAGGUAAUACACAUGGGUCACCACAAUAUGUUAGAUUUCUAUCAAAGCUUGGUCAUCUUAUCAGAUUGAAGGGACAUAAUGGAUACGUCGGUGGAUUGGAUAAAGAGCAAGAUAUGGAUGGCAAGUACGCAUACGCAUGGUGGGAUGAUAUAGACCAGGUGAUAUUUCACGUUGCGACACUGAUGCCAAAUCAUCCACACGAUCAACAGUCGAGAUUCAAGAAAGCACAUAUUGGGAAUGAUUUUGUGAGGAUAGUUUGGAAUGGCAGUGGGCUACCCUAUCAGUUUAACACUAUCUCUACGGAUUUCAACUACAUCAAUAUAGUUAUAUCACCACAUUCGAAAGGCGUACCAGUGCAUAGAGGAGCAUUUAGUACAAAAGUGCCACCAAUUGGAGUGGCUAUUGAUGAGGACAACAUUGAUGAGUUUUACAGAGUUGAAUUGCAGGUCCGAGAGGGAAUGCCUUCGUUUGGACCGAUUGGAGAUUUCAAGAUAGUUUCAACAGACGCGCUACCUGACUUGAUUAGGCAGAUGGCCUUGUUUUCAGACUUGUUGGCUCAAGUAUAUGUUCAAGCCGAUCUCGAACAGGAGUUUGUGUCGAGUUGGAGGAGACGUCUGCAGACGAUCAAGAGAUACAAGGAGAGAGACUUGGCUGAAUUGGAUAUACCACCGCCUGCUGAAGGCAUUCUUGGUGAAGAGGUGUCGCGAGACUUCUCACGGUUCGUAUGA